GCAGUACGUAGCGUUUGUGAACACUAUCUCGAACCAAUUUUAGUGGCUAAACCAUGAGAGUAUAAAGAUUUUCUGCUUGUAUUGGCUGUACGAACAGGUGUCAUGGGCUGCGGCAAAAUAUCCAACCAGUCGAUUUCAUUUCCGGGCGCACUUCAUUUCCCGUCAUGCAAAGCGUCAGAGCAGCACUGAACGUACACGCAGAAGGCGUGCAGCGAUUACAUCGUGGUGACAUUCUGCAAUGGAAAGAGCGAGGCGAGUUCAGUGGUGUAAAUGGGACAUUUCUUGGCAGCAUUAGCACUGCGGAUUUGUUGCAAUGGGACCCAUUCUGCAAGAACGGACAGCAUCGACGAUCCUGAAGAGAGUGUCAGUUAAAGAGAAGGUUAGAGUGAAAAAUUCAGAAAAUACUGCGAUCGUUACCAGCAACAAUAAAACAGGAGGCAAAGUCGGCCAGAACCAGAAACCUCAGAAUAAAACAAGCUCGUUGCAUAAGAAUGUCAUUUCAGGACAGGACAGUGAGCCCUUGCCCAGAGCUGAAAUUAAGGGCCAACACAGGAAUCGAACAAAGCAUGUCAAGAGUCCUAACACUGGCACAUACAAGAUGCUACGCACACAGUUUGAAACUGAUGUAAGGCAUCCAAGGUCCAAGCCAUCUCCAUCAGAAUGGGAAGAGAAGAGGCAGAAGGUGCAGCACCAGUCCCCAUGUUGCACUGAGGUUGAGCAGAACUAUGCAGCCCGAGAAAAGAGCCGGCGUGCUUUGUCACUUCCGCUGGCUCCUCAUCAGAUCCGCUUGCCUGAAAAUGUCCGAGACCUUGAGUCCCUGCGCCUCCUGGAGCACAAAGAGGAUGACACAGACAGUGCCAGUGACCUGUCAGAUUCAGAGAGGCUCCCUGUGCUGCCUUCUCCCUGCACCCCGCCUCAGCUCAAUCUCAGAGCGGAAAUCGUUGACUCAGUGGACCUGCAUCCGCAUAUCCCAGGCCCCAGGACAGUACAAACAGAAAAUGAUAGCUACAGUUAUCCUGAUUUCCUACCUCCACCUUUCAACAGCUGGAGUCUGAGGCAGCUUGCCGUCUUCUUGAACACGGAGGGGAAACGCGCACCACGUCCCAAACCGGUUGGCCAGCUUGAGAUGUUCCUGGAACGUCUGCUGAAGCUGGAGUGGCACCAAAUCCAGACCAUUCAGAAUGAGAGCAGCCAACCCCCGGCAGCCAAUGGACGUUCUAGAGGUCGUGCCCCUAAUGGUCCACAGAUAGCCAGCAUUUCUCGGCCCCACACAGCACCUCCUACUCGCCUCAGCUCCCCCAAAAGCAUGCGCCAGAGUCAGCGCUCUUUCCCUUUAAUUCUUCUAUCAUCCCUGGGCAGCCCAUCAUCAUGCCAGCUCUCUCGCUGCCUCUACUGCCAUGUACGCUACCCACUGUGCAACGGCAGCUGUUCUUCAUAUACCUACCAGCGCCAUUCCCGCCUCAGCCCACUGCUGGAGCGCAAAGCUUCACCCAGCAUCGCGCACAAAAGAAGCAGUAGUGAAAGUAGGGCUUCAGCUUUGGAGAACAAAGCCAUGGGUAGACCUCAUUAUCCUGUAAGCCCAAAAAGCCACCAAAAACAAAUAGAGUCUGCUGGAAAUCUGCAAAAAGUUUCUCAGGAACUGAGUAUGAAGAGCAAAAGACAGCCUUCAGCCUGGAAAGGGCGCAAUGGGAGGGCUGCUGAAGCAGAGAGUCACAAAGAUCCACCUGUGGGAGCGAGAAGUGCACUUGACAAGCGCGUCGUUGCUGCUAAUAAACGAGACUUCCGUCUUUCAGGAAAGAGGGAAGAAAAAGAAGGGCAGCAGACGGAGAUUGGGGGCAGUGGUGCAAUGGCUGGGGUUAAAAGAGUGGUCAGUGAAAAUUAUAGCAUUAAAGGGAGCCGGGCAGAUAGAAAGCUGAAAAAUGCCUACUUGUCCAAGUAAAACGAUUACAAUAAUCAUGCAUUAAUCAUCAAAAAUGUACUUAACAGCCUGAGUGCACAGUAUUGUGUCACAAUAAGUAUUAUUAUUUAUUAUUAUUUAUUAUUAUUACUUACCUGCAAAAUAAUAUUUUGCCUUGCACUGUAUUUACUAAUUUACUUUAGUAGGUUUUUGGAUAACAGCUGACUUUAUGAGUUAUGAAAGAUAUUUAAAUUUUCUUAGUUUAUCUUUUGUUUUGCAAAUGAGGGUUAUUUAUUUAAUAUGUUAAGUUUAAUAAAUUAUUUGGACAUAUGUCCUGGAAAAAGACAGUUCUUGUAAAUGCUUACAUUACAAGUUUGAGUAAGAUGUGAACAUUAGUGUGUUUUUUUUUUUUAAAUGGUUUCUGCUAUCUUGUUGCCAGCAAUGUGUAAUUUAAGGUUUGUUUGGACCUAAUAUAGUACUAAUAUACAUUAAAGAAUGUAUAUUUUUGAAAUGAAUAAUGAAUGUUUUGUAGUGGAUAUAGGUAUUUUUGUAUAUAAGGGCUUUUCUCUGUUGAAUUUAGGCAAUCAUUUGCUAUUUUGUCUAUAUUCGUCUUAUUUAUUGCCCUUUGGUACUUGUUAAACAACAUAUAUAUUGCUUGAACAUGUAUUUUUUGGGCACUGUAUUCUCUAUUUUGAGCAAUAUCUCGUAUUAGCUAGCUAUAGUUUUCAUAUCAUAUUGUGUAUGUUAAGGAAUUGCAGUUGUUAAUGUAUGUUCUAGAUCUUCAGUUUACAGUUUGUUAGGUAAUAUCAAAAAUGUAUCUUUAGUAGCAUGUCUAUUAUUUCAGUAUCCUUGUCUCUAUUUUCCCCAUUUUAUUUCUCGGAAAAAGUGCAUACAGUUGUUGUCUUUUGGUGCUGCAUGUGUUAAUUGUAUUGGAAAAGUAAUGGUAGUGACUGAACUGUCCUUAAGAUUUAUAGAUGAACACCUUACUUGAAUAAUGUUGGAUGGUGCCUGAUUGAGGUAGUAGGCUACUUGCUACUGUAUUUCUGCACUUCAGCUUUUAGUAUUUUAUUUUUAAUGUUUGUGUGUCAAAGGCAUUCAACAGGGAAAAAAACAUGUUCAUGUACCAUCAUGCUUUUGUUUUGCUGAGACAAAAUGUCAAUAGAACUGAAUGCACUAUUUUAUGAGAAAUGUUAUAAAAUUAUUCAUGACCUCA